AUUAGAUUGCACACCAUGUCCUUGACUUCCUAAGCUAGGUGAAAGCCGAUGAGUGGAAAUAGGCAGCUCGGAGGUUACUGAGACCUUAACCUUUUGGAUUUAGCUUAUAUUGUCUCGCUAUGGGCUUCAUACCAGACGAGAGAAAGAGCCUCCCUCCUCCGGGAAUUGUUAAUAGGAAUUCGGUGUGGCUGGGGUUUAUGGGCUGGGCCACUGCGAUGUUUCAUAAUAGCCUUAACCAAAGGCCGCCGCUAAAAUCAGGUGUUCAUCGACAAGUCCUGCUGACAACAAUUGCUUGGUACCUUGGCUACCACCUUACAAAGCAUGCAAAUUACACUUACGCCAAACGUGAUCGAGAUAUGAACGAGUAUAUCAGACGCCACCCAGCUGAAUUUCCAGAAAAGGAAAAAAAGACCUUUGCAGAGAUUGUCGAGCCUUUCCAUCCUGUGCGCUAAGUAUUGGUGAAAGGGAAGGACAAGAAGGAGAGAGAAACAUUUACAGACUACCAUCUGUCUCCAGGGGACCUUUCUUCUUUCUGUCAUAUUGUGUGAAUUC